CAACGGUGCCAGGGCCGGAAGUGACGACACCGAUGAGGCUUCUAGGGCGGGUCCUGGGACGGGCAGCUCAAGGGGCUGAGAUUUCACAUCGGAAACAAAACAGCAGUGCUGGGGACUGGAGCUGUGCUGUGAGCGGGUACCGGCGGGGAGAGAGAAGAUCAAAUCCAGGAGUCUGUAUGCGAUAGCAGCCCUUGAGGUCCAAGAUCAGCGUGGCCUGGAGGAGAACACAUGAGAGAAAGACCCUCAAGAGGAUUUACUUUCUGUGAAAAAGUAAUUCUAUUCAGUUGCUCCAAUGACAGAGUUACCGGCACCUUUGUCCUACUUCCAAAAUGCACAGAUGUCUGAGGACAACCACCUGAGCAACGCUGUACGUAGCCAGAAUGACAGUCGGGACCGGCAGGAGCAGGGUGAUAGACGGAGACCGGGCAACCCCCAGCCAGUAUCUAAUGGCCGGCCCCAGGGGAACUCUCGGCAGGUGGUGGAACAAGAUGAGGAGGAAGAUGAGGAGCUGACGUUGAAAUAUGGUGCCAAACAUGUCAUCAUGCUCUUCGUCCCUGUGACCCUCUGCAUGGUGGUGGUUGUGGCUACCAUCAAAUCAGUCAGCUUUUAUACCCGGAAAGAUGGGCAACUAAUCUAUACCCCAUUCACAGAAGACACGGAGACUGUGGGCCAAAGAGCCCUCCACUCAGUGCUGAAUGCCGCCAUCAUGAUCAGUGUCAUUGUGGUCAUGACCAUCCUCCUGGUGGUUCUGUAUAAAUAUAGGUGCUAUAAGGUCAUUCACGCCUGGCUUAUUAUUUCAUCUCUGUUGUUGCUGUUCUUUUUUUCAUUCAUUUACUUGGGGGAAGUGUUUAAAACCUACAAUGUUGCUGUGGACUACAUUACAGUUGCACUCCUGAUCUGGAAUUUUGGUGUGGUAGGAAUGAUUUCCAUUCACUGGAAAGGUCCCCUUCGACUGCAGCAGGCAUAUCUUAUUAUGAUCAGUGCCCUCAUGGCCCUGGUGUUCAUCAAGUACCUCCCUGAGUGGACUGCAUGGCUCAUCUUGGCUGUGAUUUCAGUAUACGAUUUAGUGGCUGUUUUGUGCCCAAAGGGUCCACUUCGAAUGCUGGUCGAAACAGCUCAGGAGAGAAAUGAAACACUCUUCCCAGCUCUCAUUUACUCCUCAACAAUGGUGUGGUUGGUGAAUAUGGCUGAAGGAGACCCCGAGGCCCAAAGAAGGGUGUCCAAGAACUCCAAGUAUAGCACACAAAGCACAGAAAACGAGUCACAGGACACCAGUAGAGAGAAUGACGAUGGUGGCUUUAGUGAAGAAUGGGAGGCCCAGAGGGACAGUCACCUGGGGCCUCAUCGCUCAACACCCGAGUCGCGGGCUGCUGUCCAAGAACUGUCCAGCAACACCCUUGCCAGUGAGGACCCAGAGGAAAGGGGAGUAAAACUUGGAUUGGGAGAUUUCAUUUUCUACAGUGUUCUGGUUGGUAAAGCCUCAGCGACUGCCAGUGGAGACUGGAACACAACCAUAGCCUGUUUUGUAGCCAUAUUAAUUGGCCUGUGCCUUACACUGUUGCUCCUGGCCAUUUUCAAGAAGGCGUUGCCAGCCCUUCCCAUCUCCAUCACCUUCGGGCUUGUUUUCUACUUUGCCACAGAUUACCUUGUGCAGCCCUUUAUGGACCAGUUAGCAUUCCAUCAGUUUUAUAUCUAGCAUACUUGCUAUCAGAAUCCCAUGGAUGUUUCUCCUCUGACUACAAUAAAAUCUGGGGGACACAGGGACUUGCCUGUGUCCUCAUCUAACCAAGUCAAAAAUUCCUGGACUUCGGCAGCUUCUUCCAGGUUUUCCUGACCACCUGCACUAUUAGCCUUGGGGAGGAGGUGUCUAUCGAAAUGGCUUUGAGCAUAUUUCAUCAUGGUGGACUAUGUCCCUUGGUGCAAAACCUACAGAUUUGAGGGACAAGGACAAGCAAACAUGACGGCCAAACUAUACCUGUGAUUCUACCAGCAUGUGACCCUUGGUUGCAGGAGAUUCACCAAUGUUGCGAACUCUCAGGACUACCAUUAACAAGAAGUUAAACGAAGUGAUUCAAACCAAACAGAACUCUACCUUAAACUACAUGUUGGAAGUCAACCUAAUAAAUCUGUAUUAAUUGGAUUCUGAACUUUUUCAGGAGGUACUAGGAAGAGAGCAAGCCCCAGUAGCAAAAUGGGAAGGUCAAAUGGGGCUCAAGCUUUCACUCCCAGACGCUUUUUUUUGCUGCAGACCUAAUUUUUAAAGAAGAUAUCCCUCCCGCACUGUGCAUCACAUCAGAUGCAUUGGUCGAUUUUAACAACAUUCUCCAGUCCAGUACCCUGUCUAUCCUCCCCAUUUCUUCCCACUACCAGUUUGAGCUUAUUUCCUUUAUUCUGAAAGCCUUAACCUCAGGUUCCAAGUUCAGUAACUUCUGGAAAUAAUGAAACUAUUGCUUAGUGGUUCCUUAUUAUCCCGAAGUAAAUUCUGGGUUUCUCACCAAGUUCCUAAUUUUUAGGUGUAUUUACACGUUUGCUCACCUCCUCUGCCCCAUCUUUUCCUUCGUUUCCCCCCACAGCAGUUGUCUUCGACAGCAAAGGAGACAGCUCUGGCAUGGCAGCAGGUGGGCCUGAUAAUCUAGAAUUUUAUUCUUUGGUGCAAAAAAAUGUGUUAACCAGUGCUGUCAGCCUUGCCAGCAUAACUCCUUCAGGAGUAAAUGUGCCCAAAGAGAGUAAAAUUAAAGAAGAAUGAAAUGGCUGGUGAAGCACUUUCUGUCCUGGCUUUUCUUUAUCUCUGGCAGGAGUUAGAAUUUCAUUUAGCAGCUGAGAGUACUUCACUGAGAGAGUGCUUCCCUUCCAUGCCCCCGAGGCUCGGUUCAGCUCUGGCACUGCAAAGAAAAAAAAUCCUUGCUGCUUAGGAGGCUGAGUAGAAGGAUCCCUAGAUCAAGGCCAAUCUGAGCAACUUAAUGUGACCUUUUCACAAAAUUUAAAAAGGGCUAGCAAUAUGGCUCCUUUGGGUUUAAUUUUCAGUACCGGGGUAAAGUGUUCAGCAGCCAUACCCUGGUGGUUUAUAAACUUAUAAACCAGUUGUAUCAGUACAGAACAAGAGUUUGGAGAGAGCUGUUAUUUUACUUGCUGAGCUACAGGAGAGUCAGAAGAACUAGCUGCUGAGGCAAGCGAGAAGAGUCCUCUGGUCAAACUGCGGUGAGCUCACGGCUAGGCGAUGGGAAGGAGCCUUACAGCGGGCACUUGUGGCCCCAUCUACAUUGCCCUCCUGUCAGUGUACUUGCAUGAAGUGGGCUGGGUAGUGGAGGUGCUGGCUGAAGUUACUGUGUUGUCCAGGCUUUAUGCAUCAGGAAAACCACUUCAACAGGGCCAGCAACCUGUGGCACCUCUCAGCGAACUCUGAGGUACAAGCAUUCUUUAUCACCGAGAACCCUUGGCCAUGGUCAGAGUCUAAGCAUUUAUAAGAACCUGUUUCUUCCUGUAGCUGAAGAAAGGCUAGAUUUUCCUCUUUGCUGCUUGCUCUUCUUGACUGUCAUUUGACCUAUUUGGGGGUUCUCUUUGAAGUUGGAAAUAUUGUUUUCAGUCAUGGGGAUGUGGCUCAGUACUGGAUUACUUGCCUAGUACGUGUGAGAGGCUCUGCGGUCAAUCUCUAGUGCCUCAAGGAGAAAAAGAGCUUCAGGAGUAGGGCAUUGGUACUAAUCCAUGGCAGGCUGUUGAGAAGAGCAGGAAAAAUAAAUGAUGUACAAAGAAAGAGUGGGGCUGAUGGUAGUAGUCCUGACAUCUGUUUUUCAUUAACCCCUUCUUUCCCAAGAUUGUAUCUUUUCUGCUCUCAAACAGCAACAUGUGUACGAACCUCUCUAAAGCAUAGGGGCAGCUGAGUCAUCUGCACAACAUUUGUGAUUCACAGCACUUUUGGAGCUGUAACCUAAAGUAGCUGAUUGGUAUAAGGGUCCCAAAUGUGUUGUAUCUUUCAUGACAAAGAGGAUGUGGGUGGGCGGGUGUAAGUCUUGCCUAUAUAUUGUCCUGUGUGGAAAGGUUGCAGUAAUCCUAUGUCUUCAGGUUUGAACCACAUCUCGGUAUCUGAAAUACAGUGUUAGUCUUCCAACAUGCAAAACAGAGUGUCACCAGAGAAAACAGCAGAAAGUUCUGCAGGGGAUCUGCCUCACACGCAGAGGGAUGGUGUGAGAGGGCAGAACCAACAAUAAGGUACAACCAACGGGCCAGCCAACCAGUUCAGUGAAAAGAAGCAAGCGGUGGGGAGAGAAGCAGCUGAUGAGUGGCUGGGCCUGGCCUGGGGAUGCAGGGUGUUUGCAAGGAGGAGCUUGCAGUGCCUAAGGGAAUAAUGCCAGCUGUAUUCAGAAGACCUCAGAAUUGUGCCAGGGAGGAAGGGCUCUUGUUCCGGUUUUUGAUUUUCAGUUGGUCAGUGUGUCAUAGCUCUCUAAAUGACUAAAUUUCUCAAUGAGAAAAAGUGGAGACCAGGAAGUUUUGUAGGUGACCUGGAAGAAAACAGAAAGUGCUUGCCUAGCAUGCAUUCCCCAGCACUGCAAAAGAAAAAAAUCAGCAACUUUACUACACAACAACUAAAAAGGCUGUUUUCCUAUGUUAAACUCUUGGAUCUCCUAGAACUCCGGUUUCUAAGAGCCCUUCUUUCUAUAAUAAAUGGCCAAAGGAAUAAUAUGUUCUUGGUUCUUACUUGGCCUCUAACAGCUUAAUAUGUAUUCUUGAUCACAAUGUGUAGAUGUGAAGUAGAAGUCUUCCAAGUGAGACAGACAUCUCCAGGAAGCCACCACCGCUGCCUCCCUACAACUGGGCUUUGCAUGUGUGACAUUCAUGACUGACCCUGUAAGGAAAAGGGCUCACACGCUCGCUUCAGCAGCACAUAUACUAAAGUCGGAAAAGAGCUCAGAAACCGCUUUAAAAGGACUUGCUGUCGUGCCAGGCCUGGUGCUGGAGUCUGAGGAUACAAAGAUGCACAAGAUACAUCAUGAGAACGUAGCUGGAGCCUCGAUUCUUGGCAUGACCUCUUUAAUGUCUCUAAAAUACUGUCAGUAACCAUUUUUCACAGACUGUUUAUGAGGGCUUAUAAAACUGAUGAUAUAUAGUUGACUUUUUUUCAGAAACCAGUCCUUUCAGUAAGGUACCAUUUUUUGCUCAACUUGCUUUUGGGCAGUGUGUAUUUAAAGACUAGUUUUUCCUUCAUUCUCCUUCCCCCAAGGAUGUUCUUGAAUGCUGAGUUUCGGCAGAGACUUACAAACUAGCCAUUCAGUUUUUUCCUUCAAAUGGAAGCAGUACUCUAUCAUCAUUAUAAAUUUGAGUCUAGAAGUGAUGCUUGAGAUCACACCUCUUUUCAAAUUACCUAAACAGCAGAUUAAACAUGGAUUCAGCUCUUCCCGGCCCUCAUUAAAAUCGCUGACUGGAGCUGAGUGAGUUGAGCGCACUAACAACACUCAUCAAGCUCACAUCUCAGGAUCAUCUGCAUGAUUCCUUUGCAGCAGCCCGCAUCCGGCAGGAAACGCCUCAGAUUUCCAAAACUCAAAGCACCCCAGUGCUGAAAAGAACCCCCUCCUUGAAUGUCAAAGCCAUUUCCAGGGGCCUGUGAACUGGAUGCUGGAUCCACCCUGGCCCUGGAAUGUGGUGGUGCUGGCUCUUCUGCUUGUCUGGGUAGCAGGAAAGAUUUCCCAGAAGGCACUCUUUUUUUUUUUUUUAAAUAUGAUCUGAAGAAUAGCCCCAGCCCAGCUGCACAGAGUACGGAGUGGUCUGGCCAGCUGGGAGGGAGCUGCGGGCAGCGGGCUUCGGUGCGAUCGCUCUCUCAUGCAGCCUUGCCUUGCUUCCAAGCCUGUGGAUACUGCUUUGGGCAGAAUUCAGAUAGACUGUGAAUAUGACUUUUUAAAAUACCUUUCAAAUUCUUGGUAAAAUAUAAUUUUUGAUAGAUGAUUGCACAUUUUCCUGUAUUUGUCAAAUCAAUAAAGACUGCAUGAAUCUGCC